AGUCUGCAAAACCCCACAGCCCCUAAGAAUUCUCUCACCUGCCUUCUGGUCUUAGGCUCCGGUAGAUUACAAAUGACCUGCUUUCUUUCUGAUCCCAGGCUGCACUCCCCCUGUCGGAUAGUAAAUCCCAAGUAACGUACCUGCUGUUGGCAGAUCUGAGCUUUUUUCUUGGACACCUUAUACCACAGUCCUCCAGGUGCCGGAGUAGAGCAUCUGUUCUCUUGGCACACCCGACUGCCGUGGGGUGUCCCAGCAAAAGGUCAUCAACGUACUGGAGCAACACGCAGCCUAGGUAUCUGGUGGGAAACUUCUGGAGGUCUCAAGCCAAUGCCUCCCUGAAGAUGGUGGGGGAGUUCUUGAACCCUUGGGGAAGCCAGGUCCAAGUGUACUGAAUAGUGACACCUGACUCCGGAUCUUCCCACUGAAAGGCAAACAGCAUCUGCCUCUCAGGGGCUAAUCUGAUGCUAAAGAGAGCAUCUUUCAGGUACAAGCAGGUGAACCAGCUGUCCUCAGCUGGCAGCAACCCCAGCAAUAUGUACGGGUUAGGUACUGUUGGAUGUAAAGUCACUGUAGCCUGAUUAACCAAGCGCAAAUCCUGUACCAGCCUGUAGUCCUUGGUCCCAGGCUUGGGAACAGGCAGGAGGGGAGUGUUCCAUGGAGACUGACAAGGAACUAUAAUUCCAAAGGUUCUUAGGCGCUUGAGAUGGACCUGGAUACCUUCAAGAGCUUCUCUGGGGACCAGGUGAAUGUUGGAUGUGUACCCAAAAAGGUAAUGUGGAACACAGCUGUCCACUCUGAAUUCAUGCAUGAUCAUGCUGAUUAUGGCUUUCCAAGUUGUGAGGGUAAAUUCAAUUGGCGUGUUAUUAAGGAAAAGCGGGAUGCCUAUGUGAGCCGCCUGAAUGCCAUCUAUCAAAACAAUCUCACCAAGUCCCAUAUAGAAAUCAUCCGUGGCCAUGCAGCCUUCACGAGUGAUCCCAAGCCCACAAUAGAGGUCAGUGGGAAAAAGUACACCGCCCCUCACAUCCUGAUCGCCACAGGUGGUAUGCCCUCCACCCCUCAUGAGAGCCAGAUCCCCGGUGCCAGGUUAGGAAUAACCAGCGAUGGAUUUUUUCAGCUGGAAGAAUUGCCCAGCCGCAGCGUCAUUGUUGGUGCAGGUUACAUUGCUGUGGAGAUGGCAGGGAUCCUCUCCGCCCUGGGUUCUAAGACAUCACUGAUGAUACGGCAUGAUAAGGUACUUAGAAGUUUUGAUUCAGUGAUCAGCACCAACUGCACGGAGGAGCUGGAGAACGCUGGCGUGGAGGUGCUGAAGUUCUCCCAGGUCAAGGAGGUUAAAAAGACUUUGUCGGGCUUGGAAGUCAGCAUGGUUACUGCAGUUCCCGGUAGGCUACCCGUCAUGACCAUGAUUCCAGAUGUUGACUGCCUGCUCUGGGCCAUUGGGCGGGUCCCGAAUACCAAGGACCUGAGUUUAAACAAACUGGGGAUUCAAACCGAUGACAAGGGUCAUAUCAUUGUAGACGAAUUCCAGAAUACCAACGUCAAAGGCAUCUAUGCAGUUGGGGAUGUAUGUGGAAAAGCUCUUCUUACUCCAGUUGCAAUAGCUGCUGGCCGAAAACUUGCCCAUCGACUUUUUGAAUAUAAGGAAGAUUCCAAAUUAGAUUAUAACAACAUCCCAACUGUGGUCUUCAGCCACCCCCCUAUUGGGACAGUGGGACUCACGGAAGAUGAAGCCAUUCAUAAAUACGGAAUAGAAAAUGUGAAGACCUAUUCAACGAGCUUUACCCCGAUGUAUCACGCAGUUACCAAAAGGAAGACAAAAUGUGUGAUGAAAAUGGUCUGUGCUAACAAGGAAGAAAAGGUGGUUGGGAUCCAUAUGCAGGGACUUGGGUGUGAUGAAAUGCUGCAGGGUUUUGCCGUUGCAGUGAAGAUGGGAGCAACGAAGGCAGACUUUGACAACACAGUCGCCAUUCACCCUACCUCUUCAGAAGAGCUGGUCACACUUCGUUGAGAACCAGGAGACACGUGUGGCGGGCAGUGGGACCCAUAGAUCUUCUGAAAUGAAACAAAUAAUCACAUUGACUUACUGUUUGAGUUUUAUGUAUUUCUUUAUUUUAAUCAGGAUCUUCUGAUAGUGGAAAUUUUUAGUACAUAAUAGAACUUAUUUAUGGAGUUAGAAAUUUGUAGUGUUAUCCAGGAUUGAUUUUCAUUUGAUCACAUCUCACAGUAAUUAAUAUUUUCAAGUUUUUUUUUAUUAACAGCUCUGUGCUAGUUUUUUUUUUCUGUUUUAGCCUCAUCCCAAAUAUAAAGCUUUGUGAAGUACAAUUAACUUAAUGUACUUGAAUGAAUAGAACUUGCUACUUUUUUUUUGAGACAGAGUUUUGCUCUCAUUGCCCAGGCUGGAGUGCGGUGGUGCUAUUUCAGCUCACCACAACCUCUGCCUCCUGGGUUCAAGCGAUUCUCCUGCCUUAGCCUCCCGAAUAGCUGGAAUUACAGGCACGCACCACCACGCCUGACUAAUUUUGUAUUUUUAGUAGACAUGGGGUUUCUCCAUGUUGGUCAGGCUGGUCUCAAACUCCCAACUUCAGGUGAUCCGCCCACCUCGGCCUCCUGAGGUGCUGAGAUUACAGGCGUGAGCCACUGUGCCGGCUUGCUGAUUUUCACAGAAGUUGAUGGCAAUUCUUCACAUGUAAACAAUGCCAGUGCACAGAACCUUUAUAUAUUUUUUGAAGCCAGUACUGUGCUCUGCAUAUAACAAAGCUGCUUCAAGGAUGAGACCUUUUUCUAAAAGCAUGUAAUGUGAGAAGCCAGCCUGCCUUAUUUUCUUUUUUCUUUUUUAAUGAUUAAAAAUAGUUUGUGGCAAGGCACGGUGGCUCAGGCCUGUAAUUCUAGCACUUUGGGAGGCUGAGGCAGGAGGAUUACUUGAGCCUACAAGUUUGAGGCCAGCAUGCACAGCAUAGCAAGACUGCAUCUCUACAGAGAGUAAAAAAAAUUACCCGAGUGUGGUGAUGUGCAUCUGUAAUCUCAGCUACUUGGGAGGCUGAGGUGAGAGGAUCACUUGAGCUUGGGUGAGGUGAGGCUGCAGUGAGUCCUGAUCAUGCUGCUGCACUCAAUCUUGGACAACAGAGCAAGACCCUGUCUCAAAAAAUAUAUAUAUAUAUAUAUAUUAUUUUUAUGAGGUGAAGUGCAUCAAACUUGGGAAAGAUUUGAGGAGGCUGGGAACCUCCUGGAAAACCACUCCUUGAAGAAAGAUAUGAGAGACAUUUAGAAGUGAUUCCUGCUUUCAGAAGGAGGUGGAUUCAAAUACUUCAAAAGUCCCUUCCUCUGCUAAGUGUUUAUAGUUCAAUGAAUAAUUUCAAUAUUUGUAUGUGUUCUUGUCAUUUUAUUUUUUUCUGAAAAACUUCCAAAAAUUUGAAAAUAAAAUUACAGCCUUUUCUUCUUAUAAAA